CCAGAUUUCCCUUUCAUAUUCAUAUUCACCGCUGAUUCGGCCCUCUCCUUGCGAGUGCCCCCACGCUGCUUCCCAAACUUCCAUUGCUAAAAUCCUAAACCCCUUCACCAGUUUGCGGGGAAGAUCUGUUCAGUGCGAAAAACACAAUACAGAACAACAAGUUAAAGAUUCUCACUCGAAGAGUAGCACAAGCCUGUUCAAGAAAGAUAUGGGAGGCAGAGGAGUUAUUGGUGAUAAAUGGUCCAUGAGGGUUCUUUGGGUCUGUGCCCUCGGGAGUGCGAUCGGUUUGUAUAUGGUUGCUCAAGAAAGACAAUUACAGAACAGGCAAAGAAUGUUGGCUGAGAGUCUGAAAGAUGUGGAAUCAGGAGGCUGUGGGGAAAGUGUUUAGGCUUCUGAGGGAGUCGUUGAAAUGUGAGCUCCGGACUAUCGAGAUUCUGUCGUUUGCAAAUUGCUUCCAUGCCUUCUGGUAGUCACAGAUCAAUAAAGUGAGUUUCCA